AUGCCUUCCCUACAUUCCUCGGAGUCCACAAAGGCAUACUGGGCCUUCGCUGCCCUGGGCCCUCUGGCCAUCUACGGAAUCGCACUGGCCUUGCUCGGCCUUCCUUUGAUCCAGAAACAGGCUCUUUACGCCCAUAAAUUCCACACUCUCUGGUGGAACGACGUCGAGAACCCCGAGAAAUGGGGCUUUGCGAGAAACCAAGUCACCCCUUUCACCCUGCAAGCCCCUGACGGCCCGGCCCUCUACUGCUGGCACAUCCUGCCCCUGUCGGUGUACCUGCGGAAAGAAGCCGACCUCAGCCGGGCCUCACCCGUCCCAUUAGACAAGCACGCAUCGUCAGAGGCGUUCAGGCUCCUGAGAGAUGACCCCGACGCGCGCCUGAUCCUGUCCUUCCAUGGCAACGCCGGCCACGUCGCCCAGAACACUCGCGCCCCCCAGUAUCGCCUGCUCACCGACACCGCAUACAAGUGGCACGUCAUCGCGCUCGACUACCGUGGCUUCGGCCACAGCACAGGCUCGCCGUCCGAGCAGGGACUCAUUGCCGAUGCCUCCGCCCUGGUCGACUACGCCAUCACGACCCUUGAGGUCCCACCAAGCCGCAUCUUGCUCCUAGGCCAGAGCCUAGGUACUGCGGUGUCAUCAGCAGUUGCUGAGAAAUUCUCGCGGGAAAGAGGCAUCGACUUUGCCGGAGUGGUGCUUGUCGCGGCCUUCAGUAGUCUCCCGACAAUGUUGGCGAACUACUCCUUGGGCGGGCUCGUCCCUUUGCUCAAGCCUCUGAGUAUAUGUCCACCCCUGCUGCGCUUCUUUCUCCGAUUCGUGGUGGAUAAGUGGAAGACUCUGGACCGCCUCGCCGCCCUUACCGCGCAGAACCGCGAGCGCAACGGGACACUCCAGGUCAGCAUAAUCCAUGCGGCCGACGAUAAUGACAUACCAUGCAUCGAAAGCGCCAAGAUCUUCGAAGCCAUGGCGCGGGCGUCAGUCGCGGAUGGCAUGGAUGCUUCCAAGUUCCUGGAGAUGAAGAACGCGAGGACGGAGGUGAGGGGUGAGAAAGCAUUCAAGACCGUCUGGAACGAGAACGACAUCACCAUCACACAUGAACAGUUCGCAUUUGGAGGGCACAACGAUAUUAUGGUCUACGCGCCUGUACCCCAGGCUAUAGUGAGUAUACUCGAGGGUAGAGCAGCGACAAGCUCAUCAGCCGCCUGA